AUGGGCAACAGUCUGAAGGCGGUUGUUGCUUUUGUGCCUUCUAAUGAGUGCCAGAAGUACCUCCUGGAAGACCUAGAAGAGAUGCCAGCGGAUAAAAUGGUAGAUCUGAGCGGCAGGCAGCUGAGAAGGCUCCCUCUGCACAUUUGCUCUUUUAGGGAGCUGGUCAAGCUAUACCUGAGUGACAACAACCUGAACCACCUCCCCCCCGAGCUGGAGCAGUUGCAAAACCUACAGAUCCUGGCACUGGAUUUCAACAACUUCAAAGCGCUGCCCCUGGUCGUGUGCACACUGAAGCAGCUGUGCAUCCUCUACCUGGGCAACAACAAGCUCUGCAACCUGCCCCUCGAGCUCCGGCUCUUGCAGAACCUCAAGACCCUCUGGAUUGAGUCCAACUGCCUGCAGUACCUGCCCGAGGUGGUGUGUGAGCUCAGCCUCCUCAAGACACUGCAUGCCGGCUCCAAUGCGCUGCGUGCACUCCCCAGCCAGCUGCGGUGCCUGCAGGAGCUGCGCACCAUCUGGCUCUCGGGUAACCUGCUGUCUGAGUUCCCCCCCGUGCUCCUGCACAUGCCUUUUCUAGAGGUGAUCGACGUGGACCGCAACGCCAUCCGGUACUUCCCCAGCCUGGCUCACCUCCCUGGCUUGAAGCUGGUGAUCUACGACCACAACCCCUGUCGGAACGCACCCAAAGUGGCCAAAGGGGUGCGCAGGGUGGGGAGAUGGUCAGAAGAGAGUCCUGAGCCCCGCAAGCGGUCCGGGGCCCUGGUAGACAUCUCACCCGAGGACAUGCCGUUGCCACCUCCCACCGACAAGCCCGAGCUGGAGAUAGAGCCUUGCUGA